AUGUCUUUGGUUGAGAAGAUAAACACCCUAAGACUAAUAAUACGACAGAACGGUGGGAUUAAAGGGUCGUUCUUAACUUUAUUCAGGACUGACGAACUGAAAUGGGGAAAGUUAGUUGGAACUGACAAUUUCGGAAACAAAUACUAUGAAAAUAAUAAUUACUUCGUUGAUAUUCGAAUAGGUUUGGUUGGGACUAUGAAGGGUCUCAAGUCCCACCAGAAUGGUUUGUUUAUAUUCGUCUAUUUCAUCGAAAAAUAG